UUACUUGAACAUAUGUUGAAUUGUUUUCUUCUGAACUGGUGUUUGUUUUUGAAUAUUUUUUGGUCUGGAUACUAUUUCAUUGUCUAAUUUAUAUUGUUUAUUCUCUCUUUCUUUCUAUUUGCUAAUGAACAUAAUUACUAGUUGUAGAUCAUUUUCAAGCUUGGUAUGGCAUUUUUCGACGAUAAACGAUUUCUUCUUUCCCAUAUAAGACAUUCUUUCAUUACCUGUGAUCCUACAGAAAUGUGUGAAAUGGUAAUGUUACAUGAACCAAUGCCGCAUUAUUUCGGCUCCGAGUCUGAUAUUCGCAUAUUGCAAUCUGUGGAGGUUGAAGCCAAAUCUGAAUUGCUUGAUGCUACGCAAUCUUGUGAAAUUGUUUCGGACAUCGAGAUGAUUGGUGCUCAUCGAGGGCGAUCAAACACAGCUCAAAGAUUAGAAAGAUUAAAAGAAGAAAAGAGAGCAGCAGCAAAAACUAAAUAUAUCCAUUGGAGGGAUGUUGAAGUCAAUAUUACAGACGAUGAACUCUCUGAAUUGUUUCCUAGAAAAUCGCCAGAAAAAAUGAGAGAAGCUUCUCUAGAAGCUAGUGUUCCUAAAAAAUCUGUUCUUUCAUUUUUGGUGGAAAAAUCCCCCGACAAUCCCUUCAAGGAAUAUGCUAAAUUUGAUGCUCGAGUUGGAGAUAGACGAAGGACUCGAAAUUAUGAGAUUAUUUUGCACUCUUUUUCCUGCGAAACAAGACUUAAGACGUUACAAGUUGUAAUAUUUACCAAUGCUCGAGUACGUGACCUUAUUGGAUUGACUUGUUGGUUAUAUACCAAUGAAAUAAAUGAUCCUAAGCUGGAACCAAAUGUGAACAAAUACUGUCUUAGAAUAGCUGAAGACAAUGGAGAAAUAGAUACUGAUUUUCCUGCUCUCAACCCCGAUGAUAUAGUGGAAAAAUAUGAAUUCCGAACCUUGGCCAUGGUUGAGGCUAGUGACGACACGGGUAGCUUCGCAGAUGCAACUCCCAUAACAUCAUUUUCAGUUCUUGGAUUAAAUGAUAUUCAUCCAGUUGUAAAAGCUGCUAGUUAUGAAUCUAAGAUGUCAUCAAGUACAACAACGGAGCAUCUUCGAACAAAGUCCAAACAGUUUAAAAAUGUUUUCAAAAAGUUUCCAUGGAAAGGAGAUAGUAAACAUAAGAAAGAUAAUUUAGAUAAAUUAAAUUCAUUAAAGUGAAAAUUGUUCUACAUUUUACCGUUUUCUGGUCAAAACAUAUUACUUUAUUGUUAAUAAAAAGCUAUAACAGUGAAUUUUUACUUAAAAGCACCGCAAGUUUCCCAUUUUUCUUGCUCAAACCCUCUCAAAUGUAAUCUUAUGCACUCAAAACAAAAGUCACUUCAUAAAAAAGCAAAGGUAAUUUAUCAUUA